AAACAGCCGAGCCAUUUUCCGUCAUUUCACUCCUCCAAAUCCUCCCCUUCUUCCUCCUCCCUCGCCGGGCGUUUUACUUCCCACCAAGGUUUCCUCUUCACUGAUUAGCUCCUCCGCAUAUCCGAGUCAAAUCCAUUCGUACUUAUCGCCGAAGCUUAAGAUUGGUAAUUUGAGAUGCUUUUGUAGCAAUAUUCUAAUAUAACGAUUGAUACAGUGAAUAGAACUGAAAAUGGAGUUGAAUAGCCUGAAAGAUGCAUUUGAUCGUGUUGCAAAGAAGCAAAAGCUGUCCUGUUGUAAAACUCAGGAAGUUACGGACCAGAUUGUUCAAGAAAUAGAGAAGGCAAUUGAAGUGAUUCAGUCAAGAACCCUUGAUUAUAAAUCUGUACUUGCUGACCUGAAGAAAAAUUUGCAUAAAAUUGCUCCACUCUGUCAGCUAGAAGGCACCCAGAAGGAGCUCAACAUAGUGCUGAGCAAGUAUCCAAAAGCUCUUGAGAAAGUCCUUAAUCCUGAUAUAUCCAAGGCUUAUCGAAAUAUUGAAUUUGAUUCCCAUACAGUUAACCACAUAAUUGCCAGCCAUUUCUAUCAGCAUGGGCUGUUCGAGGUUGGUGAUUGCUUCAUAACCAAGUCUGGGGAUGUAGAAUCUGCUGCUGCUAUGAGAUCUCCUUUCCAGGAACUUUAUCAAAUACUUGAAGCCGUGAAGAGUAGGAACCUAGAGCUUGCCCUGAAAUGGGCAGCCACAAACUCUGAUAAACUGAAAGAAAAUGGUUCGGACCUUCAGCUGAGACUCCAUCAUUUGCAGUUUGUGAAAAUACUACAAAAGGGAAGGAGAGACGAAGCACUCAAGUAUGCAAGAACCAACUUUGCUUCUUUUGCUGGUAACCACAUGGCUGAAGUCCAGAAACUCAUGGGGUGUCUUUUGUAUUCUGAUAGACUCCAUGAGUCCCCAUAUGCUCGUUUAUUAUCGCCAACCAAUUGGGAUAUAGUGGCUGAGGAGCUCACCAGGCAGUUCUGCAAUCUUCUGGGGCAAUCAUAUGAGAGCCCAUUGAGUGUGACAAUAGCAGCAGGAGUGCAAGGGUUGCCACCUCUUCUAAAGUUUAUGACUGUUAUGGCAGGGAAGAAGCAGGAAUGGCAAUCAAUGAAACAGUUGCCCGUGCCAGUGGAGUUGGAUAAGGAGUUUCAAUUUCAUUCUAUAUUUGUCUGCCCUGUAUCUAAGGAGCAAUCAACGGAUGAUAACCCGCCAAUGCUGAUAUCGUGUGGUCAUGUGCUCUGCAAACAGUCUAUCAACAAGAUGUCAAAGAAUGGCUCAAAAAGUUUCAAGUGCCCUUACUGCCCAACCGAUAUCAAUGCAACAUUAUGCAGGCAGCUGAAUUUCUGAUAUAAACCCUAACAUGUACAUGGGGUUGUACUAAAACCUGUUUCCUUAAGACUGAAUCGAAAGAAAUUGUUAUGGUGUUGCCAAUGUGGUCAGAUGGUGGCAAUGCCGGUCAGUAAUGGUGUACUGAUUGUUGAUGAACUUGUUGUAAAUAGAAAUUCUUUCCUCAUUCAUGCUGGUAAUCGAAACCAAGUUGCAGCGCCUAAAACAGUAGUAUAUGGAAUCUGGGACGUUAGUUGUGGGCUGGACUGUGACAUACUGUGCUAUAUAUUGGGGAAAUAUAGCCAUCAUUUCGAAUGGGCCUAAAGGUUAGCUGGUAGAUAUGCGAUCUUUCCUAUAGCCCUGCAAAUAAACAAAGUAUCAUGAAAUACUUUAUUUCAUUCUUUUCUUUCAAAGAGAUUGAUUUCCAGCCCUGAAUAGUAUAUUAGCAUCCAAUGUUUGCCUGUAAAUGAAGAUAGGAUUAGGUUUUUCCUCUUGCAGAAAAGUUCUUCCCUUUUUCCCUAAAAAUGCUUCUAUGAAUAACUGUUAAUGGCCUCUAUAUUUGCAUUGUAGCUUCUCAAAUAUAUGAAAUUACACCAACUUGUAUAAGCUGAAAUUAAUAGCGAUGUCAGUAGUGGAUUUAGAUGAUAGUGUAAAUAAUGGUUGACCUCUCCUAGCUAAACUCUAAAUUUAU